AACGAAUACCAACAAUCAGUAUGAUCCUUCCAGAAUAAAACGAUCACUUUCUGGACAUCAGAUAGAUAGGUGAACGGCUUAUUGAGCAAGGUAAAACCAAAACAAAGAAAACUCCCUUCAAACUUAUCACAUUAUUUUAUGAAAGAAAAGUUUUCCACUAUAGUCAGCGAGUCAUCCUUACCUUUUUGGAACACCACACACCAUGUCUCAAGUUCAAAUUGUUAGAUCUUUUAUAGAGGAGCUUUCCAAAAAUCCAAGAAAGCAUCCAGAUAGAAUUCCUGCUGAUAAAAUCAACAGCUCGGCUCUUUCAACCCCUAUAGGCAUACCAAAGACUCCAUUUCCCAAGAAGAAAUUCGAACAGGAAGAGAAAAAAGUACGUAUCCUUGCCAAGACUGUGCGUCCUCCAGUGGUCUCUGCCAGUGCCGAAAUAUCUACACAAAGCACUGUCUUAGAUUUAAAAGAAUCUCUUGCCCCUCAGCUGAAUACUGUGGUUCCUUCGCUUCGACUAUUAUACAAAGGAAAGCCUUUGGUGAACUCGAAAUUUUUAACCGAUUAUUUCGACCCUGAUGUAACAGAUGUCUCUCUACAAAUGUUUUUGCUUCAGAACUCUUAAUUGAGGUGAUUUCAUCCCCACAAUAGAUGUGCCAUAUACAUAAGAGGGGUUUUGGUAAUCUAAGAGUGAAGAGAUACAAGUUGAAGCCUUGUAAAACGAAUGAAUGUACAAGUUACGCUUUUAUGCAUCAUUCUUAGGCGUCAAUUUCUAUUUUUUUCUUUUAUUUCCGUGCUCAAUACUGGAUGCUAAGAUGCGUUACUCAGUUAUAGAAUCAUAAACUCGACGACGCCAUAUAACGGAAUGACUCUAAGGAUACAAUUAAUGUUACUCAAUAUCACACUCCUAUUAACAGAGCUUCACUCAAAAUGAUCUUUAUACUACUAUUAUAUUCAUGAAUCCAUUUCCACCAAAUUAUCAUCAUGUAUCAUAAUUUUAGAUUAUGCUUCAUCUCGUUAAUGCGCAAUAACAUAACUUAAGAAUGACCUUAUUUUUACCGUGCU